AUGGAGUGCUGUGGGGCAACAGGGUCUCCACUUUGUGGCAAGCUCGCCCGGCAACGUCUGAGGAGGUUGGCGACAUGGCUCCAGAGGAUGGGCCGUGUCUCUCGGCGAGAAGCUAUAAAUGCUCUGCCGACGGCCAGCCGCGAUGCCUUGCUUCAGUACAUGACAUCCUGCAAGGCCACACAGAGUGAGGCAUGUGGCAGCGCCGACAUCAGAGUUUCGCUGCGCACCCGCUCGAAGACCUCGGCCAGCCAGCGCUCGAGGAAGACAGCCCGAACCUGGACACACAGCCGUGGCGGUGUGCGCCGCGUGAGGUUCGGGGCUUUUCAAGCAUCCAUCUGCUUCUCUCGACUGAUGGUCCGCUCUGCUACAACGCAUUGCCCGUUACGAGCUAGUCGACUUCACGAUGUGCUUGCGCGUCUUUGCGAGCUAGCGAUGGGUGCCUGCGAAAGCUACAAGGAACUCAAAGAGGACCGGAUAGCUUGGGCCAUGGGCAUUGCCUUGGCCGAGUCUGGAAUCCGUGAAUCCGAGCUGAGGCCAAGCUACGCAGUCGUUGUUAGCUCGGGAUGCUUGGCUGGUAAAAUCGAGUCGCCAACUACGUCAUGUCUUACACAGGCUUUGACUUGGCGUUGGCGACUUGGUUCGGCGCGUGAACAUGGUUGGACGGAGUUGCAGAAGGCGUGGAUCGAGGUGCUGCGUGAGGCUCGACCCGGUGGCAGCCGCCCCCUCUCGGAGGAGAAAGCUAUCGUACGCGUUCGAGCUGCAUGGCAGCGCCAGGCCAGUCGUCGGCAAGCGAUAAGGCUGAAAUCCGAGGCGCGCCGCCGGCAGCGGGCCGAGCACCUCAAAGCAUCAGCGCUGCGCAGGUGCGUGGCUGCGGAUGCUCGCCUCAAGGUGUUGGUUGCCGAGGCUGGAAAACGAUGGGAAAGGCUUCUGAGCGCAGCAAGCGAUAGUGGAAGCCUGAAGAGGUCGAGUUUGGACAGCUGUCAUUCUUCCCAGUCGUAG